UUUGAAAAACCGUCGGCGAUACAGCAACGUGCCAUUAAGCCAAUGAUACGGGGCAGAGAUGUCAUUGCACAAGCACAAUCGGGCACAGGCAAAACAACAACAUUCAGUAUCGCCGUACUGCAAUCACUGGAUAUCACUGCCCGUGAAACGCAAGCGUUGAUUUUAUCGCCAACUCGAGAACUGGCUGUACAAAUACAAAAAGUUGUUCUUGCUUUGGGCGAUUAUCUGAAUGUGCAAUGCCAUGCAUGUAUUGGAGGAACAAAUGUUGGCGAAGACAUUCGUAAGCUGGAUUACGGACAGCAUGUUGUUUCUGGAACACCAGGACGGGUUUUUGGUGAGCAGUUCGAAAGCUUGUGUAUUAAUUUUUGA